CGUGGUUUCACUUUUUCCAGAGGACGUGGGUUGCCUGCAAAGAAGUGUCAAGUUCAAGCAUUUGUUGCGACUGUGAAAAGAUUACCGUGUAUUUCAAUUAAAAUGGCAGCGCUUUGCAGAACUGCAGCUCUGCUUUUAAAGCCUGCGAAAGCAUUGCCUUACACAUUUGUAGCUGCGCAAAAUUGUAGCUCAGGUGGCCACUACCAGUAUAUCUUGGUGGAAAAGAAGGGGUCACAGCAGAAUGUGGGGUUUAUCCAGCUGAACCGUCCCAAGGCUUUGAAUGCACUUUGUGAUGGUCUGAUGACUGAGAUGGGUCAGGCCUUAGACGCAUUCGAAGCAGACAGUCAGAUUGGUGCCAUAGUUAUCACUGGAAGUGAGAAAGCAUUUGCAGCUGGUGCUGACAUCAAAGAGAUGCAGAACAGAACUUUUCAGGAGUGCUACAGUGGUAACUUCCUGGCCCACUGGAACAGACUUUCGACAGUUAAGAAGCCCGUCAUCGCUGCAGUGAAUGGCUAUGCUCUCGGUGGAGGUUGUGAACUGGCGAUGAUGUGUGAUAUUAUUUAUGCGGGGGAGAAAGCACACUUUGGACAGCCUGAAAUCCUCCUGGGAACCAUUCCUGGUGCCGGAGGAACACAGAGACUCACGAGAGCUGUGGGGAAGUCUUUGGCUAUGGAAAUGGUCCUGACAGGAGACAGGAUUUCAGCACAGGAGGCUAAGGCCUCAGGUCUUGUAAGUAAGGUGUACCCCGCUGAUCAGGUUGUGCAGGAAGCAAUCAGAUGUGGAGAGAAAAUUGCUGAGAACUCUAAGCUUGUGUCUGCGAUGGCCAAAGAGGCUAUCAAUGCAGCUUUCGAGUUGACUUUGGCGGAAGGAAAUCGUCUGGAGAAGAGACUGUUUCACGCGACCUUUGCCACGGAUGACCGCAAGGAAGGAAUGACUGCCUUUGUUGAAAAGAGAAAAGCCAGCUUUAAGGACAAAUAGUGUUGCUAAUGAUCUGAGCGUGGGACUUGACUAAUCAUUACGGCAUUGGGGAAAAGAAGAAGGAUUGAAAAGGUCAAGUAACCAUCAGCUGCACCUCAAAAGAAUGUAAUCACCUUUGAACAGUGGUUUUCUAGUGCGAAUCUUCUCAGUUCCUGCCCUGAAAUCCCCUGCAUCUGCAGAUAUUUGUUGAUCUGUUGAUUAGUUUACUGAACACCAAACCUAAACUGUUUUACCAACUAGGCCUUUUAGUCAUGUUCAGUUUUGAAAUGAUCAGAGAUUUCACGUUACCUGUAAAAAUAUAAAAAAUAACUAGAAUACUGUUUUUAGGAGCGUUACAAAAGUAAGAACUAUAAUUGCUGCAUUCAUCAUUGAUCAGUUUUUAUUAUUUUCUGCUUCACCAACAGAUUAACAAAGUACUAUAGAAGCAUUCACAAACAUAUCACAGCUGUGAAUAAUUUCCGUGGUAAUAAAUUUGCCAGUAAUUAAUAUUUAAA